UCGGACUUCGAGAUGACCACCAGGACGAAUUUCACAGAUAGACAAGGAAGGACUAAAAGUCCUAAAAACUAAAACUCUAAAAACUUAAAAAGCAAAGCCUCAUCUCUCUGUCCCACUGUAGCAUACUCUCUCCCCUUAGUCUCUCCUCUUCUUCAACAGGUAUGUAUGGAAAAUAUUAUAUAAAAAUAUCACCUGGGCCCUUGUGGGGCCUCGGGAUCCAAUCCUGUAAACAGUUUGCUGUACGCUCUGUCCUAUUUAUAUCGCUAGUAUAGAAAUGGCAGUUAACAUAAUGGCCAUGGCCUGCUUGAUCUGUUUCAGGUUCUGUUGGAAACAGUCCCAAACACGACAAGAUCUUCUGCCGCCUUCGCACCCUCACCAACAUUGCGCUGUAGUUCUUAUAAAAAAAGAGGACAUGAACAGCACUUGUUCCUACUCCAAGCAGCACUCUAUCUGGUUCCAAACACACCCCGAUUUCAGCCUCCCUGCUCUAGAAUUGUCUUCCAUCACGGCCACUGGUACUUAACAUAGAGUAGGGCCUCGCAGUUUGGGUGUGUGUUGUGCUGCUGGUAUUCGAUCUCCUGGAUCGUGCUGCUUACUCCUCUAGCAGCGAUGUCAACAGUGCGGGUGCCUUUGAAACAGAGAUAAAAACACAUAGGUCAUUAAUAUUGUCACGCCCCUCACAAGUGGCAGUGUGUCAGUAUCUGUGUCUUUUGGACUCACUGUGUACGACUGGAGGUCAUGCAACCACACUUUUAGAUGCAGUCCAACAAUAAUCCACAUUCAAUAGUCUCUACAUGCAGUAUUAUACUGUUGACUUAUCUCGUACUUAAAAUAUCCAUAAUACUUCCCUUUGUAUUAUACUUAAGCGGUCUUCCUGAAACCCUUUUCGCCAGGCUGUAACUCUCUGCAACUGUUUGUAUGUGCUGUUGUCUUCCUGCUCCUGCUCCUGCUCCUGCUCCUGCUCCUGCUCCUGCUCCUGCUCCUGCUCCCCAAAAUGGCUGACUUCCAUUCUCCAGGCAACACCAGCAACCCAGUCUUCACCUGCCUCCUCACACCCAAGUGCUUUGACUGCAGCGCUUUCCUUCAGACGCAAAAGGAGCCCCCAGCUUCAAAACAGCUCAAGAUGGUACAGGGAAUGGAAGGCUACCAUUUCCAAAACUGGGCUCUAACAUACAGCUCCAACCCGGAGCUUUACUUCCAACCCACCUCCAUAGAAGAGGUCAGGCAGAUCCUGGAACUAGCCAGGCAGCGCAGUAAAAAGGUGAAGGUGGUGGGGGGUGGUCACUCCCCCUCAGACAUUGCCUGUACAGAGGACUUCAUGAUUCGGAUGGACAAGAUGAAUAAGGUUCUCGAGGUGGACAAAGAGAAGAGGCAGGCUACAGUGGAAGCUGGGAUUUUUCUGUGUGACCUGAAUGAGGAAUUGGCCAGACAUGGUUUGGCUAUGUCAAAUUUAGGUGCAGUAGCAGAGGUGGCUGCUGCUGGGGUUAUUGGGACUGGCACUCACAACACAGGGAUAGAACAUGGAAUUCUGCCCACACAGGUGGUGGCUCUGACUCUGAUGACAGCAGGUGGAGAGAUCCUGAAGUGCUCCGACUCUCUGAAUGAGGAGAUCUUUCAAGCAGCCAGACUCCACCUGGGCUCCCUCGGAGUCAUCCUGAGCCUCACUAUCCAGUGCGUGCCAGCCUUCCGACUGCACGAGCUGCAGUUCCCAUCCACACUCACAGAGGUUUUGGACAAUUUGGAUUUUCACAUGAAGAAGUCAGAGUAUUUUCGAUUCCUUUGGUUCCCACAUACAGAAAAUGUCCGGGUCAUCUACCAGGAUCGUACAGACAAGCCUGUGCAGAGCACGUCCAGCUGGUUUUGGGGUUAUGCUGUUGGCUAUCAUCUGUUAGAGUUCCUCCUUUGGGUCAGCACCUUCCUGCCCCGGAUGGUUCCCUGGAUCAAUCAGAUUUUCUUCAGCCUUCUCUCAAGUGGUAGGAAUGAGCGUGUCGACUGCAGCCACCGAAUCUUCACCUACGAGUGUCUCUUCAAGCAGCACGUCCAGGACUGGGCCAUCCCCAUAGGCAAGACAAAAGAAGCCCUGCUGCAGCUGAAGGCCUGGCUGGAAAAUACCCAAGCUGUAGUAGCUCACUUCCCAGUGGAGGUGCGUUUCGCUCGGGGAGACAACAUUCUCCUCAGCCCCUGCUUCCAGAGAGACAGCUGCUACAUGAACAUCAUAAUGUACAGGCCCUAUGGAAAGGAGGUGCCACGGGAUCAGUACUGGGCUGCCUAUGAAAAGAUCAUGCAGAAAGUAGGAGGCAGACCACACUGGGCAAAGGCUCACAGCUGUACUCACAAGAAUUUCCAGAGAAUGUAUCCCGGCUUCCAGAAAUUCUGUUCCAUCCGGGAGCAGCUGGAUCCAACAGCAAUGUUCCUCAACUCCUACCUGGAGAAAGUGUUCUUCUGAAGAAAAAAGAAAUAAUAUUCUGACUGGUUAAUAUUCAAAAACUCCAAUCGCUUUUAUUUGAAUGAAACCCAAUCUCAAACCUAACCUCCAAUCACAUUUAUUUGAAUGAAACCCAAUCUCAAACUUAGCCUCCAAUCACUUUUAUUUCAAUGAAACCCAAUCUCAAACCUGGCCUCCAAUCACUCUUAUUUUUAUGAAACCCAGUCUCAAACCCUGAAGUGAAUUUAAGACGAGUUCUGAUGUCUUUAAGAAAAUCUUUAAGUCCUUUUCUUCAAUCAAUAAUAGGUUUAUUGUAAUACAUGCUGGGAAUCAGGUCCCAGGUACAGAACAAGCAGAUUCAAAGUUUUACAGCUUACAUGAUUAUUAAUAACCUGUUGCACAAGUGGUUCUCCACCCCUGUCCCUGGCUUUUAACCAAUGGUCAAGGGACAACGCCUUGUGGUUACACCUCUUUCUUGGUACUGUGUGCAGUGUUUUUGUGUUGUGCGUAAAAGAUGUGACUGUGUGUCAGGUGCUGAAAUAGCCUUGAUAAUUGCUUGUCAGUAGAAAAGGACUGUUUCUAACUUGUUAUAUUUUGGAUGUUAGCUAGCUGCUGUUGUGUUAUCUUGGGUGUUUCAGUUUUCCCCAGCUAUCAGCCAUUGUUCAUCAGAGAAGUUACUGUUUGCUCGACACCCAGACUUGUGGCCUUGCCGAUCACCCUGUUUCUCUCAAGAAUAUGCAGCUUUAGAUAGCUUUCCCCACUCGCUCCCACCUCCACUGCUAGGAAAUUGUGAGUUUAGCCACUCCAAGUGCAUAGCAUUUGCUCUGUAAAACAGAGUGCAAAAAUCAAACCAGACUUUUUUUCUUUCUUUUCCAUGUUACAACAAACCUAACCUCCAAUCACUUUAUUUGAAUGAAACCCAAUCUCAAACCUAACCUCCAAUCAUUUUUAUUUGAAUGAAACCCAAUCUCAAACCUGACCUCCAAUCACAUCUACUACAUGAAACCAAAUGACUUAGCACUAUAAAAACAUACCCUUCAAAUAGAAUUGAUUAUCCUUAUUUCUCCUUAUACUCAUGUAACAAGUAGAGGCUGUUUGUGAACUGGCAAAGACAAUGAUGGAAUGGAUAAAUUAAGUGUUAUUCAUCAUUUUAAGAAAAUCCAUCAUUCAUUUUAAAACUGAGUUUAGCAGGAAUGAUUUUACAUGAACACAUGUUUAGACUUAUCAUUUAUUAUUGAUUAGAUGCUCUAUUUGAGUUCAUGCAUAAUUUAUACAUGUCUAGAGCACUUGUUGGUAGUUCAUUAACCAAUAGGCUCAUUGUAUGUUCAAAUCUGUACAAAACUGCUUUUCA